AUGGGGGCUGCGCAGCCCCACUAUUACGAGCUGCGCAGCCGCCGUGUGAGGAGACAGCCCACAGCAGCACAACCACAGGAGCAGCCGAGGCCACAACCGCAACCGUUCCGGCCGCACAAUAUCGAGGAGCUGCGGCCGGAACACCGCGUCGAGGUGGCGGCACCGGAGCACGAGGCUUAUCACAUAUGUGAUCAGCAACAAAUUUGGUGCCGCUUACCCAACUGCUCCAGGCCGCAGCAACCCUUCAAGACUGUUGCGGCUUGGAAGAUCCACGUGCGGAGAGCCGCAUGUCAUCAAUUGGAGACUCUCUGCACGUGGUGUGGCCACGUCGUGAUUCUGCCCCCAGAGCACCUCUCGGCGGCCGACACCAAGGCCAUCAUGGACGAUCACCGAGCCGAGAGGUGCGUUGGUGCCUCCAAGAGGAUCAAGGAGGCACGUAUCGCCGCCUCCGAGCGGCUGACGAUCCUGGGCCGCGAUGCCUCGCACAUCGCGGUACCAGAGGAGGCCGCAGAAGAGGCUAGUGUGCCUAACCCCAGAAAAAGGCACCUAGCCUCCGAGGAGGCGAGGAGGGCAGAUCAAUGCUGCUCCUACAUCAAGAGGUUCAAGGAGGCCCACCCCGAUAUCUUGGCCAUAAUCGGGGUGGAGCAUCAGCUCAACAUUUCGUAG